ACACACACACACAGAUUGUAUCAACUGAAGGUCAUUUGUGCGCUCUGCUCAAAGCAAAGGGUUUAAUUAAGUAUCAGAGGAUUCUGUGUGUCACUGAGUGCCUUAAACCUUUCAGGAACAGUUUCAGUGUUUGUUGGGAUUUAUAAUGAGUUCUCAGGGUUUGGAGAAACUCCGUAUGACCGGUGCUGGGAAAGCCAUAGCCGUGCUGACCAGUGGAGGGGAUGCGCAAGGUAUGAACGCAGCGGUCCGUGCCGUCACUAGGAUGGGUAUAUAUGUUGGAGCCCAGGUGUAUCUGAUUUACGAGGGUUACCAGGGUCUGGUGGACGGAGGAGACAAUAUCAAACUGGCGCACUGGCACAGUGUAACCAACAUCAUCCAGCUGGGUGGGACAGUGAUCGGUAGCGCUCGCUGUAAAGCCUUCACCACACGGGAAGGACGUCUGGCUGCCGCCUACAACCUUGUGAAACGUGGGAUCACCAACCUCUGUGUGUGUGGAGGCGAUGGCAGCCUUACAGGAGCGAACAUCUUCCGAAGCGAGUGGAGCGAACUACUCGCCGAGCUGGAAGCCAAAGAAAGGAUCACUGCUGAGACAGCAAAAAAGUACAGCCACCUAAACAUCGUGGGUUUGGUGGGCUCCAUCGAUAACGAUUUCUGUGGCACUGACAUGACCAUCGGUGCAGACUCAGCCCUCCAUCGCAUCAUGGAUAUCGUGGACGCCAUCACCACAACUGCCAUCAGCCAUCAGCGCACAUUUGUCCUGGAGGUAAUGGGACGACACUGCGGUUAUCUGGCUCUGGUGUCUGCAUUAGCUUCUGGAGCAGACUGGCUCUUUAUUCCCGAAGCUCCUCCAGAGGAUGACUGGGAGGAUCUUAUGUGUGCUCGGCUUGGAGAGAGCCGAAGUAAGGGAUCCAGACUCAACAUCAUCAUCAUUGCUGAGGGAGCAAUCAACAGAAAAGGCGAGCCCAUCUCAUCCAGCUACAUCAAAGAUCUUGUAGUAAAGCGGCUGGGUUAUGACACCAGGGUGACUGUUCUGGGCCACGUGCAAAGGGGAGGAACUCCUUCAGCAUUUGAUCGAGUACUAAGUAGUAAGUUGGGCAUGGAGGCAGUGGUGGCGUUGAUGGAGGCGACUCCGGAUACACCUGCCUGUGUGAUUGGCCUGUCCGGGAACAGGUCUGUGAAGCUGCCCCUCAUGGAAGCAGUGGAAAUGACUAAAGCAGUACAGAAGGCUAUGAACGAGCAGAGAUUUGAGGAGGCCAUUCAACUGCGUGGAAGGAGCUUUGCGAACAACUGGAGUAUUUACAAGUUACUGGCAUACCAGAAGCCUGCUCACGUCACGAGCAACUUCUCACUGGCCAUCCUGAACGUGGGAGCUCCAGCAGCUGGUAUGAAUGCAGCUGUGAGGUCUGCAGUGAGGGUGGCACUGGCAUCUGGCCACAAAGUAUACACAGUUUCUGAUGGAUUUGAGGGCCUUGCCAAUGGAGAGGUUAAAGAGAUGUCUUGGAGUAGUGUUGCUGGUUGGACUGGUCAAGGUGGCUCAGUUCUGGGGACUAAACGAACCCUACCAAAAACCUGCAUGGAAAAAUUAGUUGAAAAUCUUACCAAGUACCGCAUCCAGUCACUGCUAGUAAUUGGUGGCUUUGAGGCCUAUGAAGGGGUACUGGAGCUGUAUGAUGCCAGGGGCCACUACAAUGAGCUGUGCAUACCCAUGUGCAUCAUUCCUGCUACCAUCAGCAACAAUGUCCCUGGCACCGAAUUUAGCCUGGGUGCUGAUACUGCUGUCAAUGCAGCUAUGGAGAGCUGUGAUAAAAUCAAACAGUCAGCUACAGGAACAAAGAGGAGGGUUUUUGUGGUGGAAACCAUGGGAGGAUAUUGUGGAUACCUGGCAACCACUGCUGGCAUUGCUGUGGGAGCAGAUGCUGCAUAUAUAUUUGAGGAGCAUUUCAGUAUCCACGAUCUGAAGACGAAUGUUGAGCAUCUGUCAGAGAAGAUGAAGAAGGACAUCCAGAGGGGUCUGGUGCUGAGGAAUGAGAAAUGUCAUCCACAAUACAGCACCGACUUCAUCUAUAACCUCUACACUGCUGAAGGAAAAGGAGUGUUCGACUGCAGGGUCAACGUACUCGGACAUCUCCAACAGGGAGGCGCACCUUCACCUUUUGAUAGGAACUUUGGCACAAAGUUGGGCGUGAGGGCCGUGCAGUGGCUUUCUGAGAAGAUGGCUGCCACCUUCAGACAAGGUUCUGUGUUUGCUAACUCCCCGGACACUGUGUGUGUGUUGGGUCUGAAUGGCAAAGGACUGACUUUCACUCCUGUGCCUGAACUAAAGGAGCAGACUGACUUUGAGCACAGAAUGCCGAAAGAGCAAUGGUGGCUGAGUCUGCGACUGCUACUCAAGAUGCUGGCUAAAUACCAGACCAGCUUCGAUCAGUACGUCACAGGAGAGAUUAGACAUGUGACCCUUCGUUCCCUCAGUCAAGAUGAUGGGUUUUAGACAGUCACAUACAUAACACUGAUGUUCACCAGCUUGCCCAUUAUCACAAUCUAUGCUAUGGGAUUUCGUAAAUGCUUUCUCUGGCUAAACUAGAUUGCUCGUUUAUAGCUUCAACAUUUUUAUAACUCGAUUUCAUCUUUGGUGCUCUAUCUGAAGAUAAACUCUCAAGGGCUGAAUUAACAAAAAUCUCUUACCAGUGUUCUCCCGGCACGAAGAGUUCCGAGCUACUUACAUUCAUUUCAUCAGCAAUUGACUUAUUUCUUUAGGAAUCUGUGGUGAACUUGAUGAAAUCACACUGAAAAUGCUAUAUUAUAUAUAUUUUUUAAAAUGACGAUUAAAAAAGAGAUUCAUUUAACGGUUAGUUGGCAUUUGGAAGGAAAUGUGUGAAGAAUGUUUGACAUUCAGGUAUUUCUUGACCAUUUUUAGAUACAGUCUUUAGGAUCUGCUUUUAAUGCUAAAGGCUUUAAACCUUAAAAUUAGGACUAGCACUAAAUUACCAGAGAGGCCACUUAAACUAUAAUUAAAGAUAUAUCAAAUAUGUAUAUAUAUAACAAAUAUAUAUAUAUAUAUAACAAAAUAUAUAAUUAUUUAUAACCGUAAAUCCUACAAUAGAAAUGUUAAAGGUCUAACAGCAGCAUUCUCUGAUGUACACAAUGGUCUAAUUUACUUUUUUUUUUUUUUUAAACACUGGAACAUUCAACAUUCAAAAUCUAAGCUUCUCAUUCAUGAUUGUGUCAUUUUGUGCCUAUAUAAUGUGAUGUGUAUUCAUUCUCCUCAUGACAUGUAAAAUUAUUUAUAAGCCUAGAAAGAGCAUUUAUAAAGAACAUAGUUUCCAAUAUUGUGGAGCGUUUUGUGAAAUUGUUCUAUUCGCAGUGUUUUGAUGACUUUUACUGUUGGUAUGUACAAAACCAUCCAAAUUAACUUUCUACCUGUUUUUUUUCCACACUGUAACACUCCUCUGUAUAAAGUAAUGAAAAAAUAGAAACUUAAAUGUGAAAUGUCACAAAUACAUAUAUAAAUAUGAUUUAAUCGAA